UAGACAAUAAAACCAGGGUUAAUCCCACCCACUCUGCUCACCCCCGCAGCCUGGUGCUCAGCCACCCCCUCCCCCUCUUCCUCCUGCUGAGUUUCGUGAGAAAACGAUCAAUUUAAAAACCGUCUGCCUAAAACCGAACGUCGACCAAGUCUACCGUUCUGGAGAUGUGAUGGAUUAUAACGGGUUGUUCCCGGAGAAGCAGGUUUAAAUGCAUAAUCAAGGGAGACAAGAGACGGGAUAAACAAGGGGUAACGUUAGCAGGCGAGCGAAAGCAAUUGCCGAAGACAAAGGUAACUGUGCUACGAACUAUGUGAUGAAUUAACAGUCGAGAAGAACAGUUGGGAGUGUGCAGGAGGCAGAGUUUGAAAAAAGCUCCAGAGAUUGUCUUUUGAAAUAUGAACAGAGCGACAUGCUUUUUUUGUCUCCAUCUCUUUCAUUGGAAUCCACAGAUGAGCUCUCGGUGUUCGGGAAACAUAACAACCCUAACAUGACGAUGCCCUGAAAUGGUAAUGACAGUCAGUCAUUAUGAGAAGCUAAACUGUAACCGUUAGAGGCAUAUAUGCUCUUCAUGGAUAUACAGGGAGAAAGGAGAGAUUCGUUUAAAAACACAUUAUCAGGAAAAAAUGAUGGUUUGAGAGGCUAUAGUUUAGAUGUUUGAAGGGACAUGUAUUCGAUUAUUUUUGUUCAAGUCGAAAAUCGAACUCUAGCCACGAACGCUGCCACUCUGAAAUCUAUAACGAAACGCACAAGCCACUGCAGAGAUUGAGUGUCUUUUCCCACAUUCUUUCCCACAUUUUUUUCUUGCUAAGUGUGUAUACUUGAACACUAUAGGCUACAUGUUGAUGAAAGAGACUGACAUAGAUCUACUUAUGAUAUAGAUUCAACGAAAGCACAUAGCGGUCUAUAGGCUACUUUCAGCACCUCGGACAGCGACCAAAAUGACACGGCUGCGCAAGAAAGCUCUCAUUGCACUUUUCUUAUUCACUCUCUUCAUCUUCGGGACCAUGAUGGGCCUCAGAACACUGAAACCCAGCGAUGGCUUCUCAGACCUUGCCCCGGGGAUGGGAGAGUUUGUGAGGGAAAGAGGAGGCGACCAUCGACGGCCAGUCUCAAACGACAUGGUAGUUUCCCCUGGUCAGUCCCAUCUAGCCAGCGACACCAAAGUCGUCUUCACAAAAUCCGACCGUGACUACAGUAUAUUCUACGACGUACAAAUAUUCUAUUACCUGUGGUAUGGCACCCCACAGAUGGACGGUAAAUAUAUUCACUGGGACCAUGUUCUAGUGCCGCACUGGGACCCUAAGAUCGCCCCCAGCCACUCCAAAGGAAGACAUUCUCCUCCAGAGGACAUAGCGUCGAGUUUCUUCCCGGAGCUAGGACCAUACAGUUCUAGAGACCCCUCCGUGCUGGAGUCACAUAUGUCGCAAAUUGAAGCGGCUGCAGCAGGUGUACUGGUUCUGUCCUGGUAUCCGCCUGGCAUUGCAGACAACCAUGGCGAGCCAUGUGAAGACCUGGUGCCUGCUGUCAUGGACGCUGCCCACAGACACAGCAUCAAGGUGGCGUUCCACAUCCAGCCGUACAAGGGUCGGACCGACCUCAGCAUGCAUGAUAACAUCAAAUACAUAAUUGACAAGUACGGGAACCACGGCGCCUUCUACCGCUUCAGAUUGACCACGGGGCGGAUCCUUCCUCUGUUCUAUGUCUACGACUCCUACCUGACCCCGCCUGAAGCCUGGGCCGACCUGCUCCACCCCGCCGGCACCCACACCCUCCGCGGCACGCCCUACGACGGUGUCUUCCUCGCCCUGGUCGUAGAGGAACGCCACAAACAAGAAAUCCUGGCCGGUGGCUUCGACGGCAUGUAUACGUACUUCGCCUCCAACGGCUUCUCCUUUGGCUCCUCUCACCAGAACUGGAAGGCGGUCAAGGCCUUCUGUGACGGUAACAACCUGCUGUUUGUACCCAGCGCCGGGCCGGGAUACGUCGACACUGCAGUGAGGCCAUGGAACAACCACAACACGAGGAACAGGGUCAACGGACGCUAUUACGAGACUAGCCUGCAGGCGGCGUUGUCCGUGCGGCCGGAGAUCGUGACCAUCACGUCAUUCAACGAGUGGCACGAGGGGACACAGAUUGAGAAGGCGGUGCCUAGGAAGACGGUGUCGCGGCUGUAUCUCGACUACCAGCCCCGCCGGUCAGAUCUGUACCUGGAACUCACCAGGAAGUGGGCCGAACACUUCAAUAAGGAGAAAGACAAGUGGCUCAUGUAGUGGACAGGACUCCUGACUCGACUGGGUUCGAUGGGAAUAAUGCCUUUUGGGUGUGACUGGAGCAAGUAAAAAUGAGGAGCUUUUCACACUACUGAGCCAGACCGAACCAAACCAAGCUGCAUUGAGCUGGCAUGGUUAGUGGUUACACGUCCUCUAUAGUUGCUGGAACCAUGUUGAAAAUAAAAAUGUGGAAAGAAAAUAACACAGCCAUCACAGUUUGAUUUGGGUCAGCAUGAUAGUUUGAAAAGGGUAGGAGUGGCCUCACUGCUGGGUAUUCUGGGUCGAUAUGAAUAUACACUCCUCUAUGGAUUUAUUUAGACAGUGAAGCUAAAACUUGCAAAUUUGGCCCUAUUCUCCAGCAUUUUGAAUUUGAGAUCAAAUAUUUAAUAUUAGGCGAUAGUACAGAAUGUCACCUUUUAUUUGAGGGUAUUUUCAUACAUAUGUUUUACUGUUUAGAAAUGAAAAACCUUAAUGUAUCUAGUCCCCCCAUUUGAAUACCUUAUUUUUUCAGUAGUAUUUGGACAAAUUCACUAAUAACGUAUUAAAGUAGUCAGAAGUGUAGCAUUUGGUCCCAUAUUCCUAGCACACAAUGACUGCAUCAAGCUUAUGACUCUACAAACUUGUUGGAUGCAUUUGCAGUUUGCUUUGGUUGUUUAUCUGAUUAUGUUUUUCCCAAUAGGAACUAAAUGGUCAUUAUAAACUGGGUGGUUCGAGCCCUGAAUGCUGAUCGGCUGACAGCCGUGGUAUAUCAGAUUGUAUACCACGUGUAUGACAAAACAUUUAUUUUUACUGCUCUAAUUAAGUUGGUAACCAGUUUAUAACAGCAAUAAAGCACCACGGGGGUUUGUGGUAUAUGGCCAAUAUACCACGGCUAAGGGCUGUAUCCAGACACUGUGUUGCGUCGUGCAUAAGAACAGCCCUUAGAUGUGGUAUAUUGUCCAUAUACCACACCCCCUCGUGCCUUAUUGCUUAAAUAAUGUACUGGAGUCACUUCUAUUGCUUCACUGUUCAAAUAAAUACAAAGGGGAGUGUAUGCCUUUGACUGGAACAAAUGGGACUGCUCACACCAUUGACUUAGGCUAGGUGGAAUUGUUGCUAUCAAAGGGCAAGAUGGAGAUUCCAUUAUAUUGCUUACACCUAUACAAUCCUAUUACACCUAUCCAAUCCUCUCAGACCUGCCAAAGUGUCUAGGGGGAGAGGGCUAGGGGUUGAUUUGGGAUUCAGGGGUACACUCAUGAUUUAACCUGUCUCUGUGUUCAUCAACUCUUCUGUUCUUCUCUCAAAUGAACAUUCCAGAAGACUUUUCAUCACGAUACCUGGUUUCUUUUUGAACAUCUGAAUAUUCAACAAAGUUUAAUCGGUUGGUUACCUCGACUUAUGUUAGUGGAAAGAAAUGGUCUGUUUUGAGUGACUUAAGUCUAUUCCUUUCAAAUGAGUUCUGUUAUGAUGAUCGCCACAGUAACGAUAGCACCAUUGGGGUUGUGUAGUGUGGAUGAAUCUGUUGUGAUGAUAGCACCAUUAGAGUUGUGUAGUGUGGGUGAAUUCUGUUGUGAUGAUAGAGCCAUUGGGGUUGUGUAGUGUGGGUGAAUUCUGUUGUGAUGAUAGAGCCAUUGGGGUUGUGUAGUGUGGGUGAAUUCUGUUGUGAUGAUAGAGCCAUUGGGGUUGUGUAGUGUGGGUGAAUUCUGUUGUGAUGAUAGAGCCAUUGGGGUUAUGUAGUGUGGGUGAAUUCUGUUGUGAUGAUAGCACCAUUGGGGUUGUGUAGUGUGGGUGAAUUCUGUUGUGAUGAUAGCACCAUUGGGGUUGUGUAGUGUGGGUGAAUUCUGUUGUGAUGAUAGCACCAUUGGGGUUGUGUAGUGUGGGUGAAUCUGUUGUGAUGAUAGCACCAUUAGGGUUGUGUAGUGUGGGUGAAUUCUGUUGUGAUGAUAGCACCAUUGGGGUUGUGUAGUGUGGGUGAAUUCUGUUGUGAUGAUAGCACCAUUGGGGUUGUGUAGUGUGGGUGAAUCUGUUGUGAUGAUAGCACCAUUAGGGUUGUGUAGUGUGGGUGAAUUCUGUUGUGAUGAUAGCACCAUUGGGGUUGUGUAGUGUGGGUGAAUUCUGUUGUGAUGAUAGAGCCAUUGGGGUUGUGUAGUGUGGGUGAAUUCUGUUGUGAUGAUAGCACCAUUGGGGUUGUGUAGUGUGGGUGAAUUCUGUUGUGAUGAUAGCACCAUUGGGGUUGUGUAGUGUGGGUGAAUUCUGUUGUGAUGAUAGAGCCAUUGGGGUUGUGUAGUGUGGGUGUCACGUUCCUGACCUGUUUUCUCUUGUUUUAUAUGUCUUUAUUGGUCAGGGUGUGAGUGUUGGGUGGGCAGUCUAUGUUUUCUAUUUCUAUGUGGGGUUUUGUGUUCGGCCUGGUAUGAUUCUCAAUUAGAGACAGGUGUGUAUCGUUUGUCUCUGAUUGAGAGUCAUACUAAGGCAGCCAGGGUUUCACUGGUGUUUUGUGGGUGUUUGUUUCCUGUGUUAGCGUUUGGGCCACACAGGACUGUUGCAGGUUAGUCACGUUUGUUGUUUUGUUAAUUUGUAGUGUUUGUUGGUUUGCCAUUAAAAUCAUGAAUACCUCCUACUCCGCAUCUUGGUCCGAUCCAUGCUCCUCCUCGUCUGAGGAGGAGAACGACAUUGACAACCUUUACAGUGGGUGAAUUCUGUUGUGAUGAUAGCACCAUUGGGGUUGUGUAGUGUGGGUGAAUUCUGUUGUGAUGAUAGCACCAUUGGGGUUGUGUAGUGUGGGUGAGCUUUGAGACUUUCUGACUUAUUCUUUCCUGUAUUACUUUGAAAUGGUGAAAAAUAAAAGUAAUGUCUGUUUCCUA